GUGUACCUGCCAGCCCUACCGACUUGACAGGCUCGUCCCUGCAUCAGACACUCGGCAGGAGACUCGCUCCAUCACACGCCACCUCUUCUUCGCUCUCUCUCAGAGGUGAAGAUGCCUCUCCAGUCCACUCUGUCGGGCUCAGGCUCCAAAAAGGCCCUGAACACGCAGUGGGACGGGAAGUCCUUUGAGCAGCUGAGGCAGGAGUGUCUGCAGAAGGGGGUUUUGUUUGAGGAUCCAGACUUCCCCGCCGUCGACUCCUCGCUCUACUACAGCCAGAGUGUCCCCGUCCACAUUGAAUGGAAGAGGCCCAAGGAGAUCUGCGAGAACCCAAAGUUCAUCGUUGGCAAUGCAGACAGGACGGACAUCUGCCAGGGACAGCUGGGGGACUGCUGGCUCCUGGCAGCCAUCGCUUCCUUGACCCUCAAAAAAGACACCUUGGCCCGAGUCGUCCCCCACGACCAGGACUUUGACCACAGAUACGCCGGCAUCUUCCACUUCCAGUUCUGGCAGCACAACAAAUGGCUUGACGUGGUGGUGGACGACCGGCUGCCGUCGGUCAGAAACAAACUCAUCUUGCUUCACUCGGCUUCGAACAACGAGUUCUGGAGCGCCCUGCUGGAGAAAGCCUACGCCAAGCUGCACGGCAGCUACGAGUCCCUGAAGGGCGGCAGCACCAUGGAGGCCAUGGAGGAUUUCACCGGUGGCGUCGGGGAAGUGUACGAAACCAAGAAAGCUCCAGACAACCUGUUCGGCAUCAUGAAGAAGGCGCUGGACAGAGGCUCCAUGAUGGGAUGCUCUAUUGAUAUCACAAGCUCUGCAGAAUCGGAGGCCAAGACGAGCUCCGGCCUGGUGAAGGGACACGCCUACUCCAUCACAGGCAUGGAGGAGGUGACUGUCAGAGGCAGGAAGGUCCAGCUGAUCCGGGUCAGGAACCCCUGGGGUCAGGUCGAGUGGAACGGGCCCUGGAGUGACAAGUCCAGAGAGUGGAAUUAUGUUGACGCAGCAGACAAAAAUCGCAUCCUGCAGAAUUCAGAUGAUGGAGAGUUCUGGAUGGAGUUUGACGACUUCAAGCAGAAUUAUGACAAGGUGGAGAUCUGCAACAUGACCCCUGACGCCCUGACCGACAACACAAAGCGCCACUGGGAGGUCAACUUGUUCGAGGGAAACUGGAUCCGUGGCUCCACCGCUGGAGGCUGCAGAAACUACGUCGACACGUUUUGGACCAACCCACAGUUCAAGCUGCAGCUGGAGGACGCUGAUGAUGAUGACGACGUGUGCAGCGUGGUGAUUGCUCUGAUGCAGAAGAACAGACGGAAGCUGAGAAAGGAAGGCCUGGACCUGGAGACCAUCGGCUUUGCAGUGUACGAGGCCCCAGAUGGCGAGGACCAAGUGGGGAAAGACUUCUUCCGCUACCACGCGUCCAAGGCUCGCAGCAGGACCUACAUCAAUAUGCGCGAGAUAUCGGAGCGAUUCACGCUGCCUCCUGGGAAAUACCUGCUGGUCCCCACCACCUUCCAGCCCCACCACGAGGCCGACUUCCUCGUCAGGAUCUUCUCUGAGAAGAAAGCCGGAGCUCUGGAGUUGGGAACCACCGUCGAUGCUGACCUGCCAGACCCGGCUCCACCCUCCGCUCCAGAGGAAGAGACGGACGAGGAGAAAGGUCUGAGGAGGCUGUUCAAUCAGCUGGCUGGAGACGACCAGGCGAUCUCUGUCAGAGAGCUGCAGCAGAUGCUGAACGGCGUUCUCAGCAGACGAAAAGAGAUCAAGUUUGACGGCCUGAGUCUGAGCACCUGUCACAGCAUCAUCAACCUGAUGGAUGUGGACAACUCAGGGCAGCUGGAGUUCCAGGAGUUUAAGGUCUUCUGGGAAAAGAUGAAGAAGUGGAUUAUGCUCUUCUUGUCCUUCGACACAGACCGCUCAGGGAAGAUGUCUUCCUACGAGCUUCGUAGCGCGCUCAAAGCUGCAGGCAUGCAGCUGGACAACAAGCUGCUGCAGCUGGUCGGUUUGAGGUUUGCUGACGAUAACUACGACAUCGACUUCGACGACUACCUCACCUGCAUCGUCCGUCUGGAGAACAUGUUCAGAGCUUUCAAGGCCAUGGACACUUCCAGGAGAGGGCGGGUGAACAUGAACAUCAUGCAGUUCCUGAUGUUGUCGAUGAACUUCUGAGGAGAAGCUGGAAGCAAACAGAAGCCACCAGAAGAACAAAACGUGUGCAGCAUGUUGAAUAUUCAGGCCGCGACGGUGCUCAGAUGCAAUUUCUAUUUUUCUUUUUUUAAAUUCUCAACAUCCGUCUGUUUGUAUGGGUUUUGUUUUUUUUGUUUUUUUUGUUGAACUAAAUAAUGUGAGAUGCUGUCUGCGCUAAAGUGCUGGAACAAUGGGAUCAAAUGCUAAAAUUUGCUGACUUGUGCUUUUGGACCAAAGAUUGUUUUAUUAUUUUCUCUCUGCAUGAAGUGGAAAUAAAUUUAGAACAAAA